AUGCCGCUGCGGCAGCAGCAGGCGCAGCAGCAAGCCGCACUGAAGGCGGCACUCGGCGGCGGCAGCAGCAGCGAUGGUACUGCGCGACGACCGGCGCAGCGGCGGUCACAGUCCAAGAACAAGUUUAGGGCCAGUGCCUUCCGCAGAUUCCUGAUUGACACCUUUGGACGAGAGAAGCUCAGAGAAGGCGCGGGCGUGCUAGACGUGGCUGGCGGCUCGGGCGAGCUCGCAUUUGAACUCUGCAACCUCAACGGCACCCCUGCCACCGUGCUGGAGCCGCGCCCGCUGGAGUUGCACAAACGCAUCAAGUGGUUGCUGGCUGGAUUCUACCACUGGAACCAACCGUUUGCGCAUUACAACGAUCGCCAGCGGGUUAGCUUUGGCCUCUCGGUGGAGCAGGCCGCGGCAGCACAGCGAUGCUGGCAGAACCUGUCACAGCAGGCACAGGAGGAUGCUGGAGAGGGAACGGCAGCGCAGCCAGUGACUGGGGCCUUGCUGCCAGACCAUUUGCGGCUGGUCAUCACCCCCGCGCUGGCUGCGUGCCUCAUGGGUGGCGGCAGCUCCAGGGAGCGUGCCAGCAGCAGGAGCAGCAGCAGCUGUGGCGGCCGCGUGUGCGCGGCUGAAAGCAGCUUGUUGGACCUUGAUGAGCAGCGGAAGGAGCUUCAGCCACCGGCAGCCACGUGGGACGCCCGGCGCCAGGCCCAGCACGGCAAGUGGCACAUGCCAGUGGCCCCGCACGAGCCCAAGGUAUCCACGGUGCAGCAAGAUGCUGUGGAUGGCGUAAGUGAGGAGCCAGUCAGUCUGGUGGCCAGCAUAGCGACGAUCCCGGCAGCGGUCACACCGCCGCCAGUUGACAAGCUCGCUCAGCCAAGCCGCAAGAAGGCGGUGGCAUGGAGCAUCCCAGUGGAAAGCGACUCAGAGGAUGAGGACCAGCGGUGGUGGGCGGCAGGCACCGCAGGCACGCAUGUUGCUGAAGCCAGCUCCAACAUGAGGAGCGCUGCUGAUGCCCAGCCGUCUGUUGAGCACCUGACUUCGGAGCUGCAGCAGCAAAGUGAGCUGCAGCAGGAGCUAGAGCAGCGGCACGCGCCAGAGGUGUGCGAUGCGACCACGGCCUGGCACCGCCUGACACAAUGUAGCGUGAUUGUGGGCGUGUAUCCCGACCAAGCCACAGAGUUCAUUGUUGACCUGGCAAUCGCUCAUGGCAAGCCCUUUGCGGUGGUGCCCUGCUGCGUCUACAGCUGCGAGUUCCCCAGACGGCUGCUGUGCGGCCGGUCGGUGACCAGCUAUGAGCACUUCCUGCAGUACUUGGUGGCCAAGGAUCCAGGGAUACGUGUCGCAACACUCCCUCUUAGCGGCAAAAAUCGGGUGCUCUACCGCAUCGUGUAG